AUGACUGAGAAUACCACAGCAACAAAUGUUAAUUGGGCAGAAAUCUCUGAUGAUGAAGAUUAGGUUUAGCCUGUUGUUGAGAAGGCUCCAGAUUAAGAAAUUAAAGCAGAGACUCAACCAUCCGAUUAGAAUAAGGAGUUCAAGAAAUAAGCUAAAAAGCCUUAUCACAAAAAUAAUAAGCCAGAGUGGGUCAAGUUAAAGGAAUUGCAAAAGAAAUAAGCAGAAUAAAUACAAAAAGAGUAAUAAGCAGCAUUAGAGGCAAGAAGAAUUAAACCAAGCAAAAACAAUUUCUAGGGUUUGAUGUAUAAUAGUGAUGAUGAAAGUGAAUAAUAGGAGUAGGAGGGAUAAAAACCCUAAGAGGAAACUGUUACAGAACAAUAAUCAGAAUAAAAGGCUGAGCAAAAACAAGAAUAAGCAGACUAAUAUCAAAUAUUGAAAUAAAAACAAUAGUAAGAGGAAAAAUAAUAACCAAAAAAGAAAGAAUAAAAAAAGAAAGAGACUGAAGAUUUAGAUGCAAUAUUAAAUGAAUUAGGAUUUACUUAAAAAGGAGAUAAUAAGGAAGACGGUAAGGAAGAAGGAGCUUAAGAAAAGAAGAAGAAAAAGAAAAAUAAAAAUAAAGAAUCAGCACCUGCAGAAAAGUAACCAGAACAACCUCAGUAGCAACAACAAUAGCAAGUCUAACCAUAAACCGAAUAAGGAAAUAGCAACGACAAAGUGGAUAUCAAAAAGGUUCUAGCUGAAAAGGCUAAAAAACAUCAAGCUGGUUCACAUUAGGUCGAUAAGGACCUAGAGAGAGUGAAACAGGAAAUUGAAAAGAGGAACUAAAAGUCUAAAAAGAACAAGAAAUAAGAUUUAGAUCUAUGAAGGGGUUAUUGACAUAUAUACAUUAAAUAUAUAUAAUUGUUUAAUUAACUUA